AUGGACACAAACUCCUCUUUGAUGCAAUUUGAUGUAUCCUCUAUACCAUCUUCCUCUAUCUUCUACUCGCCUUCCAUAUCUCCCUUGGAAGAAGACAUGCCAUGUAAUGAUGAUGGUCAACUGGUUACAUUGAACUACUUCCCAUGUCAAGUUUGUGGUCAACCUGCUCAUGGAAAUCAUUUCGGAGCGAUCAGUUGUAGAGCAUGUGCAGCUUUUUUCAGAAGAGCCGCAACCGGAGCAAAAACAGUCUACAAAUGCAAGAAAGAAAACAACUGUCAAAUCUGGGAGAAUGGAAGAUUCGUGUGCAAAAAGUGUCGAUUAGACAAGUGUAAUGAAGUUGGAAUGGAUCCAGGAAGGUUUCAAUUUGAUCGAGAUCCAAUAUCUGCCACCGAACAGUUUAUUAACACGAAGCAAGCCAAAAAACCGUUUUUCUUGGAUAGCCUUCCAGAGACAAUUGAGCAUUUCCUUGGUCGACCGCAUUUUAUAAUGUUCAUAGAACCACCAUCAUACACAGAUAAGAACUUUAUCGAUUGCCAGUACCUAUUGGAAAAAGCUACGCAAUUACUAGUUCUCGGAGCUGAGAAGCCGCUUUUUGCAAAAAAUAAUUUACAAAAACUGGCACUUGGAUUGAAUUUGGUUAGAGAUAUACCUGCUAACUCUCAAGAUAUCCAUAUCCUAACUAAGUUGGGAAAAGAUGAAGCGAUGACAUGGUGGGAGACUGAUUUUCUUGCAGUUGCCAGAUGGUUGACUUAUUUUGAUGACUUUCAACAACUGCCACAAGCGCAACAGGUUCUCCUCUUGAAAUCUGUUUGGCAUGUAUGGGGCCGACUAGAUAAAUUAUCCUUGACGGCAACAAGUCGUCGUCGAAAUUUAUGCGAGAAGCGACAAAUGAUGCUGGGAUGGAAUUCUGUAUGUGAUCCCAAAACAGUCGACUUGGAUAUAUCUUGGUUCACGAAAUAUCCCAGAGAACAGUUAGCAUUUUUUGGGUUUCCUGAUGAAAUGGAAGAUUGGAUGGCUGGCAGUGCAUUGGAACCAUUGAUGGAACUUCAACCUACCGAUAUUGAAUUGACAUACAUGUUAUGCCAACUAUGUUUCCACUACGCCGGCAAGAAAUGGCAAGGAGAGAUUCUCGAAGUGACUGAAAAGUUUCAAGAGUGUCUUGCCAAUGAUUUACAUAGUUAUUAUGUCAAUGAACUUCAUAUGCCGAGAUAUGUUGGGCGACUUAAUCAAAUGUUGAAGAUUAACAACAUGAUUCAGCAAGACAUCUGGGAGAAACGGGCAAAACAAGAGAUCGCGAAGAUUUUCGAUAUUUUCUGUAUUGAAUUUUCACACCCGGAAAUGUUUGAAGAUAAUUGUUAA